AUUUGUCAUCUACGAUAAGUACAAUAUGGUUGAUUUUAAUAUAAAGGAUAUUACACUAGGAAAAAGCUCACAAAACACCAUCAGUACAUAUUUACUUAUACUAUGUGGAGUUGUUAUUUUAAUGUCGUAUUUACAAACGUUAUGGAAAAAGAAGCGUUUAUACUGGGACUAUUACAAAACUCCAGGUCCCGUUGGUCUUCCAUUUAUUGGUAUAGGUUAUAAAUUUGUAGCACUAGAUAUGAGUGAUAAAACAUGGAAAAUUCAUCGAAAAACUAUAAUGCCAGCUUUUAACCAAAAAAUAUUAAACUCCUUUCAGGAUAUAUUUUGGGAGAAAGCAGAAAUAUUUGCGAAUGUGCUUCAGAAGGAGAUGGAAAAUAAAAAUUUAGAUCUGUUUACUUUGUUAUCUGGCUGCACAAUGGAUAUAGUAUGUGAAACAGCACUCGGAGUCAAUAUGAAUGUGCAAACCUCAAACGACCUGGGAUUUAUCAUAGCUUUAAAUAAAGUAUUGGAAAUAACAAGUAUUAGGACGCUCCAUUUCUGGCAUCAAUUGAAAUUUACUUGGAAAUUAUAUCCGAUAAGCAGAGAGUUUGACAAAGCUUUAAACGAAUUUGAAGAUUUUAUACGUGCUGUAAUAUCAAAUAAGAGGAGUGAAUAUGCACAUAAAUUAACUAAAAAAAAUUCCAGCCCUGAAAAUGGUACUGCUUUGACUGUUAAAGGGGACGAUCGUGAUACUAUUGCAUUUUUAGAUCUUAUUGAUAAUGAUAAAUUCUCUGAGCGAGAACUUAUGGAUGAAAUAAAAACGUUUUUCUUAGCAGCCGUUGAUACAACAGCAUCUACUCUUUGCUCCAUUUUUGUUAUGCUGGGCUUGUUCCAAGAUGUACAGCAAAAAGUUUUAGAAGAGUUGAUUGAUGUUUUGGGACCAGAUAGAAGACCUGUUCCUGAUGAUUUACCGAAAAUGAAAUAUCUAGAGAGGGUAAUAAAGGAAACGUUGAGACUAUUUCCUGCUGUUCCAUUAAUAGGAAGAACUUUGCAUGAAGAUAUCGAUGCAGGUGAUAUGGUUUUUCCAAGUGGGUGUUCAGUCAUUAUUGGUACUGUAUUUGUUCACAGAAAUCCGAUCUACUGGCCUGAUCCUCUUAAGUUUGAUCCAGAUCGGUUUUUACCUGAGAAUAUUGCGAAAAGACAUCCAUGCACAUAUAUACCGUUUUCAUAUGGUCCAAGAAAUUGCGUAGGUAAGAUGGAUGCUAUAAUGGAAUAA